CCGUCCGUCAUGUCGGUUAUGCGCAUGGGUUUGCUUUUGAGUGAGUGGUAGGUAGUCGGCGCCCCGAAGUGGGAUACUUUCUCGUAUCCAUAAUAUUAGAUUUUUAGAAAGGGUAGUGUGAUAUCCCUUUCGCAGUUCUUAUUGCGUAUGAAUCUGGGAAAUAAAAUCUCGUUUCGGCCGGCUUCGCACGUUUGGAACUUCACUUGUCGUUGUCACGAUGGGGAAGAUAAGCGUAAAGGCGGCUUUAUAAAUCGGAAUUCACGGCAUGAUUGUCCAAAUUCGGUUUAUGAGGGUAAAUGACCUACUAUUCGCCAUCAGAAACUAUCAAACAAGCCAACAGAACUUACAAAAUGUUGAUACGUGGCUAAAAUGCUGAUUCUUGUCAGGUUAGAGGCAUCGCUGUACAACGAAUUGAACAAAUGUGGGUUUCGCGUUGGCUUUGAUGGAAUUAAUAGUAAUCGAAAAUCGUAUUCUAAUUGGAUUCGGUUCCAUUAAAUCCUCAAAUCAUCCCAUUGCGUGAAAUUUUUUUGUAAGCAAACACUCCACUUAUAGCGCGGAAAACGUAUGCCAUAAAACACUCGGAGCGGACGGAUGCCGUCUACAGAACAACAACACAGGCUGAUUGGAGUCUUGUAUGACGUACAAUCAUCAUACACCAGUCAGCUGAUUUCGCAGAGAGGCGUGGGUGUCGCGUGUUUGUUUCUUCGUGUUGAGCGACGCGCUCCGCAUUGCCGAUUUUCUGUUGGAAAUGGCGGACAGGGGUUUCAAAAUUUAGCGAUAGCGACCUUGUGCUCGCGUCUCUCUUAUUCCACUAUUGUUUAGCAGCGGUACCCCGCCUCUUCGAUACGCGUUUAAAAGGAAAAGUAGGCGCAGGCGUGCGAGACAUGUGGCCUCACUGGAGAAGAAAUGCUUUGAAUUUGAUUGGUUACCGAGUUUUUACGUCACGAUUUCUUUGUUUUUGUGUUUAGCCCAGAGGUAACAACCUGACACGACGAGGUUUAGCGGGCGACCUUAGAGCAUCUAUAGCAGAUUUAUUUUUAACGAAAUAUUUGAUUACAAUUAGUGGAAUAACGUGAAACUAUUUUAUUAAGCAAGUAACUUAGAAUAUUGACUGUUAAUCAUGUUGCGAUCAAUGAAUGCAUCUCCGACCAGCGAAAGUGAUGACGAUACGAAGGUGCUGGGGUUGGAGUUAUUGAUUGAAGCUGCAAACUAUUUAGAGAAAUGUGACAGUAAAAGGCAAAGAGAAUCAGAUCAUGGAUAUGCAUCAACUUUUAAAUACGGUGACGAUGAACCAGCUAAAAAACGACUGAAAAGUUCAAAGAAAAGUCAAAGCAGGACAUCCCAUAAUGAACUUGAAAAAAAUAGACGUGCCCACCUACGAAACUGCCUCGAUAACCUCAAAUCAAUCGUUCCUCUUGGAUCUGACUCAAACAGGCACACUACCUUAGGACUGUUGAAAAAAGCUACUUCAUUGAUUAAGGACCUUGAGGGGAAGGAGGUUGGUUAUGAGAAAGAAAAAGACAAACUCGGCAAAUAUAAUGAACAAUUGAAGCAAAUUUUAUUUCGGUUGGAAAUAAAAUUUGAAAGACUGCGUCGAGAUUCAACCGGAUCUACUUCACUGUCUGAGUGCUCAAACGAUUCUGAUAAAGAUGAAAUUAUUGAUGUUUUGGACACAAGCUGUAGCAGCAGCGACGAGUUAAUCCAAGUUAUGACAGCGGCCAACAACGAUGCCAACGGUAUGCUUAUCAGCAUGCCUGAAAUUUUGAUUGUCUCCACGUAGCAUGUCUCUCUGAUGAACCAGGUCAACAUUUUCCUUUUAAUCAUAAACAUUUUGCUUCGUCACUUCCAGUAAUGACUACAUUUGCGACUCUGAUUAUUCCUAAAAAUAAAUAUAUAUUUCUAUAUAUUAAUAUUAUUAAGAAAAUGAAUUUUAUUGACCUUCAAAAAUUUCCUAACAAGCGAAGGCUAAUUUCCCAUGCCCUAAUAAUAUUAGGCAAAUUGAAUCAGGGAGUUAUCCGCUUUUAUUAUUUCAUUUAUUGAAAUCUGAUUUAGAAAUUCGUUAUGGUUUUGUUGUGCUUCCUAUUUACUCUCAUUAGGCCAAUGUACUUAAUAAAAAUAAAUGACCAUUUGGGGCACGGAAUUUAGUAUUGGUAUAUCAACACUUUUCUAUAUUGCUGUGGUUUUUCCCACAUCAAUGUAUGAAUAGCAUAGGAGAAUAAUCUAUUCUUCGUUUUUAUAUGUUGUUGAAGUAGUUAGAUUCAUAUAAAAACCUUAAGUGUAAGAUUCCUAGGCCAUCAUGCUUAGGAUUUAUUAUAAUUGUUUUUGAACUGCAUAUUAUUAAUUGUUUUUCUCUGGCUGAAAAUACUUUCUGUAAUUUCAAGCUUCGCCAUGGAAAUGGGAGCUUACAUUUGAAAAUUCCAUAAUAUGUAUCGUAUACAUGUCGAUAUAUUCUCGAGUCUUGAAAUUCCAAGUACUGUAUUGCUUUACAUAAAAAAUGAAUAUGUAUUUUCAUGUCGCAAAAAUUUUUUGUUAUGCAAAUGCUAUCGUUAUUGCCCUACGAGCCAGCCAACCAACCAGGUAAACUCACCUAUCGCCUUUCAAAACAUUUUCCACACCAAAUGCGGCCAAAGAAUCACUGUGAAAAUUUGAAAAAAAUAUAUUCAGGCCCAUUCAAAUUUGUAUUGUGUGUUUUGUCUCCAGUUCUAAAUUCAAGGGAAAACUGUGUUGAAUUUUUGGUGCCUAAAUUAUGCAUUUGUCCGACUGACACUGGCGACACAGAAUGUUAUUUAAUAUUCAGUUCCCGAAACUAAAAUAUCAUAAAUUGUGUUUAUAUACGAGUGUAUUAUUAAUAUAUUGAAAAAAAAAAAUUAUAUAUAUAAUUGGUUUUAGGUAUCAUAUGACUGUCUUGUGACCUGUGUAUAUCAACCAAAACUUUAUUUUUUAUAUGUCUAUUCGGUAAUUCACUUAACAAUGCGCCAAAUUAUUUCAAACCAUUGGCUCAGGGUUUAACAAACCGUCAUUAUGCCCAAUUUUUUUUAUUUUAAUCCAAAUUCAUGGUCGCAUUACAAGUUAACAAUUGAAAUAAUCAAUUGAAUUUUACUAUUGGAUCCUUAAAAAAUAUGCAAAUUAGCCGGCCCCUGUGCCAGCGUAAGGUGUAAUAGGCCAAAGUAAAUGUUUUAUGAAUAGUUGAACUCUUUAUUGAAACCUGUUAAUGCACAAACCUGAGGAUUGUGGAUAUUAUAAUUCAUUACUAUAAGAGUGAUCCGUAUGCCAUCAGUCAUAAAUAUGACCCUCGGCCUAAUUUGGCUCGAUGGUAAACUUGAAUUAGGGCAAGUGGCUCUGAAAAAAAUUCAUUUUCGAUUGUUGUUCGAAGUGUUAUUUAUGUAUAGAGGUAUGUUUGUAGACAGUUCCAUAUAUUUUAUGUAGAAUUUAAUCACAUAUCAAUACAUCAGCAACUAACAUAUUCAUGAAAUAAGCUUAGAAUGUCUAAUUUUUGUUUGGAAGGGUCAUAUUUUUUAGCUUGUGAUGCGUUAUUCUUUAUUGUAAUUCUCUCAUUGUUGGGUGUAUUUUUCUUAUUUUUGUCAAAUUUUUUGUACCUGUGUAAAACUUUAUCACUACAUAAUGAUACUAUUCUGAUGUCGUUUUGUAAUAAUAUCUAUUUUUAAUACCCCUAACAAAUAAAAAACUAUAUGUGUGCGAAAUGAAAUGUAUCUUUAUUUUCUCUGUGUUUUAUUGUUUUUGUUGUACUAUGUUAUAUUCACAAAUAUUAAAAAAAAAAUAGAUUUAAGGUUUGGGGAUGUUCCAUAUCUAAAAGAUAUACAUCCUAGUUUUGGGGGUUCAAUUUAAUAAGUUCAUAUUUCAAAUGAAGCAUGGUUAGGACCUUAGGUACUGAUUAUUCUGCAUUAAAAAUGAAUUAAUUCUAUUGUAAAACACCUUGAACAGAUAUUUGAAAACUAUAUAUCCAGUAUGAGAAACUAUAUAUUCAGUAGGAGAAUAUGUGAAACACUUGAAAAAUUUAAAACAUGAAUUCAUUCUAUUAUUUGAAAUUGCUUCAUAAUUGUGUCAUAUGCAAAAUUUACUUUAGCACAUUUAUAAAAACUUCAGAUAUUUAUGACAGAAAAUUAUUUUCAAUAAAAAGUUUCUAAACAAAUCGGUAUUUAUAUUUAUUCAGAUAAUAAACCAGUUUUUCUGCGAAAUUUGUUGUUCAAAUUUUCAGGCAUUUCCACCUGAGACUGUCAAAUAAGCUAUAUAAUUAUCUCGCCAUAAUAACUGUUGAUUCAUUUUAAAUCUCUAAGCUCAAUUAACCCAAAAAAAUUUUCAGUCACCAUGUUUCAAUUAUUCUCCUUUUAUUUGGCUAAUACUAAAAAUCCUGGGAUAUCCACAGUCCACACAUGUGAAAAAGUCCACUGUUGAUUGAAAAUUCGCUACAGUUAACAACACACCUCAAAAUCUUUUUUGAUUCUGAAAACUCAUUAGUAAAUGUGAAUUAUUUGUAACAAAAAUAUAAGAUCUUAAUUCAGCAUAAUUGUUAUAAAAGUAAUUUCAGCAAUGUGGUCCCAUCAACUACAUGUAGUAUUAUUAAUAAUUGUGAAGCUCCAACAAAGAUUCUAAAUCGGGCUUAUCAUGAUUAGACCUAUGGAUAUAUGAUACCCUUUAAACAGCAUAUCUUUUGGAAGCCAAGUAUUGAAAACAAUAGGAUGUAUACAUGCUUAAGUUUUCCGAAUCAGAAUGAGUCGUUUUUAUUGUCUUUCUAUGUGUACCCGUAUGGUAUGUGUUCACAAAAGUGUCAACUGUCAAGGUUUCACGUUAUAGACCUCUAAUAUAUUUAAGUAUUUAAUUUUGGGUCAUGCAAAACCAGGUAAACUUUUUGAGGAUAGUUCUUCAGUUAAAAAAUAAAAACUGUAGACUUAUGGUGUUUGAUUAUGGGCUAAUUCAUUACAAUAUCAGAUUCCCUUAUUCUUACCAAUAACCCCAUUUUGGUUAACAAAAUAUAAUUAUGUGAAUUAUAAAAAUUCAAAUUGAUAUUGAAAAUUUGGCCUCCCAUGUGAUUGUGAAGAAUCCAUGUGACAAACAUUAGAGUCAGAUCAUAUGAAUAUGUUAUUAUGACCACCCACUUGCUGAACUGAAAAUUGAUUUUACAUUUUGAUGGCAAAAGCAACUGGAUUGCUAUUUUUGAGAUUAACCCAUGCAGUGAAGUAUGUGUGAAGCCUUUUUGUUGUUUUCUGUUUUCCUCAUUUGUUUCGCUCUAACUUUACAGCUGUGUGUUGUACUAAAUUCUCACCUGUCUGUCUCCUUAUGAUCUUAACUUUUUAUUGUCAUUUUCUUCUCAUUUCUAGUCCUGCAUAAUCUCAAUUACACUUUUUUAUCAGUUAAAAUUAAAUAGGAGUAAGAUUACUUUGCUGAAUCUGAAACUAAUUCUUGUGAAAUAGGUUUUCACCACUAUUCAUUACUAUAUACAGUAUAUAUAUUUUGUAUCGUGUAAAAAAUUUUCCGCUUUGUUAUGUCAUUGUGCUUCUCUGUCAGAAAAUAUUGUAUUUGUGUAAAUCUGAUCAUCGGCCCCUAUCUAUUAAGCCGUGAAUAAAUAUGAAUGAAGUCAGUGGAACUUUUUUUAUGUUAUUCAUAGUAUCGUAAUUGUAUUUGUGUAGAAACCUAUGGGCAUCAGAACAAUGUUGUACAUUUUGUUCAAAGUUGCCCUUGUUUCAAGUUAGAAAAUAGAAGUUGUAUGGAGUUUUGGUCUAAAUUCAAACCAUUUUUAGUUGAUUUUAGCACAUGAAUCUCCUCAAUGCUUAGCCAAACUCAAUAUGAUGUCACAGUUUGACCAGGUUUUUUGAAUAUGAAAAGUAAAUUUGCACGAUCCGACUAACAUACAAUUUUACUGUUUUUUUUGUAUCUUUUUAAAAUAUAUUUUUCAAUUUGGCUGUUUUGUGCUUUCCAAACUAAGUUCGGCUAAAUUGCAAUUGCGUUAUUGCCUAUGUUAUUAAAUUUUAUUGUGCUAUUAUUCUUGUAUGCGAAGCUUUCAAAUGAAAAAAAAGUCCAUCUUAAAAAUUAAAUUUGUUGCUGUUUUAUUUUAAUAUAUUCGGUAUGGUGAUAAAAUAUAUCUUAUGUGCCGCAAACUGCUGGCUUAUUUCAACUUCAACCUCUUGAAUUGUAUUUUUUCCUUUUUCUCACUCGAAAAUAAAAUUUAUUUCAAUAGUAAA